CCGGUCUGCAGGGAGAGGAGCGGGACCAGGCUGGGGCACGCAGCUCCGGACUGCAGCAGUCAGAGCUCGGAGCGGUGUCCCGCCGCAAUGCGCCCUGAGGGCUGGCUGCCGCUGGCGCUGCUGUCAGUGGGGAUUGUUUCUGCAUGUCAAUCCACUGGUCUUGCACCAACAGGAGGCAGGGUGGUUGGUGCUGUGGGCUGCACUGUGGUGCUCCCGGGACCAGAUCACAUUGACACCACUGGGUUCGUACGGUGGGAGUAUAAACAAAAUGAAAAUGACACUGAACUGAUUGUCGUACUUUAUUACGUGGCAUCACGGAAACUGGACAUCUUACCAGAGUAUAAGGAUCGUGUUGUAUUUAGCAUGUCCAACUGGUCCCUGGGACUGAAAUUGCAACUGGCAGAUCGAGGCCUGUACAGAUUAAGGAGAGAAGAGGAGGAGAAAAGUGGCAAAUGGAUCCAGCUGGAGGUUAUAGAGCUCUUAUCCAAGCCGAAACUCUUUAGGAACUCUUCCUUGGCGGGCUCCACCAUUGAAAUGGUCUGUAACGUGACAGUAGGUAGGGUGGAUUCCUAUCAGUGGAGAAAGGACCAUAAGCCUCUCCCUAAGUAUGGUCACUACCAACUCUCUCGGAAUAACAGUGUACUUCUCAUACUGAACGCAACACAGGGUGAUAGUGGCAGUUACUCAUGCAAAGUUACCAACGAAGUUAGUGAGAAUGAAACCUCCCUGGAAUUGACCAUCAAUGAUUCUUCAGCUGUGGUUUCAAAUGGAGUCAUUUUGGGAGUUGCUGUCAUAACUGCUGUCAUAAUUCUAGUAAUAGCAGAUGGGAACUUGUACAGUGAAUAAAAACUCUGCCGUGACUUCAUCUGGAUGAACAAUCCCAAUUUGCAAAAGACAUAAUGGAACAGAAGGGAAUUAUACUGUUUUCUUCUGCCCAGCAACAACCUGCCCGCUUUUAUGCUCUACCCUCUAGGACCUGCUGCUGCUCCUGCAACUCAAAGUAGAGGGACUCCUCCAAUAACACUCCAGCAGGGCUGUCUGGGAGUGGCAGGAGGAAAAGUGAAGUGGGUGUGGGACACUCACCCAAGUGGAUAUAGCUCAGCUGUUGGCUGAGUACUGGGACACCCUGGCUGCAAUUGAGGGGAGGGAGCUCCUCUCAUUACUGGAGGGAAGUGGGGGCCCAGUGGUGCCACCCUGCCUCUCUGGGAAGGGAGGGACCAUCUCCACUCCAAAUGCGGGGGCAGAGCUACAAGUCCCCCAUGUUGUGCCUGGGGUCCAAGAUUGCUUAAACCCAGCCCUGUGCAUGCACGCUCCUGCAAUGGAAGUGGACUCUAAUGAAGUGUCACUACCAGGGCCUCCCCUGGCUGCAGCUGCCCCGGGAUCCCCCUUAACUAAGGUAAUACAGCCUCUGUCUGUGUUCCCUCGCCUUUGCAAUCUCUGCAUGGCUGGCGAGGGAUGGUGUGCAUCUCCCUAGUCCCAUCUCUAGCCUCUCCUCUCUUACCCACCCUGCAUCUCCUCCCUAGGUGCAGAUCCCUGGACCCAGAGACUUCUUAAAGUCUGGGUGAGAAAUGUCUCAAAGACUGGUGUCACACACUGCCACACACCCUCUUUACUCCAUGGAGGCGGGGAAAGUUGUGCACUGAUGUCCUUUCUGCCUGCAAAUCCUUAGGGUGUGAUGUGAUUAUGAGGAAGGAUUUCAGGAUUUGGCCCACUGAUUUCAGUAGAAAUACAAUGAAUUUGAACUGUUUUGAUAUUCAUAGGUGCUCUGAGCAAUAGAUGAAGAGGGUGCUGAAAAUAUCACUUAGCAAACCAGUUUUAACCAUCCUUGGAUGUCCUGUAUUUGCACUUCCACAGCUUCUGAUCCAAGCACAGACAAAAGCCCCUAUUGUAUCUCUGGUGCAUUUGAUAUUCCCGCUCCUCUUUCAGUCUCUGUGUAGAACUGAUGAAUGAAAUUGUUUUUAAUUGAUCACUUUAUCAGUAUAACUUCUGUUCACUGUUUGCCAUCCACUACACUUGUCUGUAUUGUAACUUCUGUUCACUGUUUGCCAUAUUGUAAU